AUGCCGUGGCCCUCGGCUGCCGCCGGACACCAGGAAUCACAGCCGAUGCCGUCAGAUCCGGGAGAGCGCAGGGGUCUGUUCUCGUGCUUGUUCAGCGAGUGCGACGCUCCCCCCUUGGACAAAUCGAAUUGGGACGCCGAUCUCCUGGAGCUCCUCCUCGACUUGCACGAGGAGGCGUUCGGCCGGCUGCCUGUCCAUGACAUGCCGGUGGAAGCCGCCGACCAGUUGGCCGUAUCCAUGCGCGAAGGCGGCCUCUGCCUCGGCCUCCUCGACCCCGUCACCAACAUCAUCCUCAACACUGUCGCCCUCCUCCCGCGCGACUUCGUGGACAUGGCAAAGCCCGAUAGGAGGAGGUCCAAGAGGCUGGCCGCCGACAGGGUGCAACCCAGUGACUACAGCAGCUGGAACACCAGCUGGGUUUUGCCAUCCUCCGGCAGGGUUACCUGUGGGCCGUCCACCCGCAGGGCUACAUGGUACUCUAUUGCUGGGGCGUCCCGCCGGGCUCUCAUCAGAUUCAUGGUUGGCUACUUCGGAUGCCUCAGCGAAGAACAGGCCACCCGCUACCUCCACUGGGCACGCGCCGAUGUCGCCCUCGCAGUCCAGCUGGUCGAGCACGAUCUACACGCUGCUGCUGUUUCACCACCCGACCCCGCCUCUGAAAGGACGCAAGCCGCCUUCAAGUACGCCGCAAGCUGUGGGCGGCGGCACCCUGCGCCUGAUGACCUGGUGCGGCUCCAGGCGUCACCCCUGCCCAAACAGUGCCUCCGCGACUCCGCCCCCUUGCUCGAGAAGGGAGGGCGCAAGCUCACCGUCGAUGAUGUCAUUGCCAUCAUGGAUUUGCUGCGAUACCAGGUCGGUGCCCCCUUGGAUCUUCAGUUCAGCUUGCGGCCAAGCGGAAGAGAGCUACUUGUCUACUGCCGGGACCUCAAGGCUGAUGAAGGGAGACUAGACAUUUCCAACACCCCAAGCUCCGAUGGCUUCAAAAUGUUCACCAUCAAUGUCGAGCGUCAUGGAGACCACUUCGCGGCCCUGCGGUCUCCUCACGAGCACAGAUCCAUGAUCUCAUCCUGUUUGCAGAAAGUCGUGAAAACCGCCAAAGCACACUUCGGCUCUGCGGUCAUGAUCUGUUCUGGCGAUGCCUGCGAAUACACUGGGUCUCUCAGGAUGAGGCUCCACGACAUGAUCCACGGCUUCUAUCUCAAAGUCUUCGCCAUGCUGCCCUCUACGUGGCUCCACCUCAUCCCCCACAUCCUAUUUGCUGGCCACUGCUAUGGCCCCAUGGACCCUGUCUCCAACAUCAUCAUCAACUCCAUUUGCCACCACAUACUGCGCCCGCUCCCAUCGUCAGCUGACUGCAAAGUAGAGGUGUAUGACAUCCUCGACACCCUCUCUAUGCUUCGUGUGGAGGUCCGUUCCUUGGAAGGCCUCAUUGCCCUCGUCCGAGCAAGCUCCGAGUCCCAAUGCUCGACGCAGUGGGCGAUGGAGCACCUCUCCUGCAAACGCUGUGACCUGUCCCAGGAGACGCACACCUCGCUGCAGUUUGCUGACGCAGCCGCAGCCGCUCGACACCCACAACAUGCUGAGCUGGGAUCAUUCUUCGCUUCCCUGGCGCCCGACAGGCUCAUUGACCUGCGGCUCUUGCUGGCCACUAGCGCCGAUGGCAGGAUCUCCUCUGAGUCUCUUGGGGAAAUAAUAUCCACUCUCAAACAAAGUGCACUGCUGUUGGUGGCUCCCGUAUCUCCCAAUGCGGCUGAACUGUGCAACGAGGCUAAGGAGACUCUGCUACAGAAG